AUGGCCCCCAACCGUAUCGUCGUUUCCAACAACGGUCGCCCCCAGAAGGGUUUCAUGAGCACCGUCUACGAUGAGGCUACCUCCCCCGAGAACACCACGAUCGUCCGCAGCCUCCUGAUCUUCGGUGCCGGUGUCGCGUUCCUCCACAGCAGCCUCGGCGAGUUCCUUCUUCCUCCGUAA